CCUCACCCUCCCCCCACCCCCCCCCCACCCCCCCGGCCGCCAGCUCGCCCCUAGGGUUCCGCCGCGAUGUCUCUCCGGCCGAGCGAGCGGGAGCAGAUGCGGAAGGGCAACUACAAGCAGUCGGUGGACGCGGAUGAGAGCCGCCGCCGCCGCGAGAACCAGAUGGUGGACAUCCGCAAGGCCAAGCGCGAGGAGAGCCUCCAGAAGAGGCGCCACGUCGGGUUCCCCGCCACCGCCGCCGGCGCCACGGCGCCGGCGGGCCUCUCCUCCGCGCUCCAGCAGAAGCUCGAGGGCUUGCCGGCGUUGGUGCAGGCGGUGCUCUCCAACGACCCCAACGUGCAGCUGGAGGCCACCACGCAGUUCAGGAAGCUGCUCUCCAUCGAGCGUAGUCCUCCAAUUGAAGAGGUUAUCAGCACAGGAGUGGUGCCUCGGUUUAUUGAGUUCCUCACACGUGAGGACCAUCCCCAACUCCAGUUUGAGGCUGCUUGGGCGCUCACCAACAUUGCAUCUGGCACAUCAGAGAACACCAAGGUGGUGGUUGAGAGUGGUGCUGUGCCCAUCUUUGUCAAGCUCCUCAACUCCCACAGCGAGGAUGUCCGCGAGCAGGCUGUAUGGGCUCUAGGGAAUGUUGCUGGUGACUCCCCAAAGUGCCGUGAUCUUGUGCUUGGCCACGGUGGGUUAUUCCCUUUGCUGCAGCAGCUUAAUGAGCAUGCUAAACUCUCGAUGCUCAGGAAUGCCACAUGGACUCUAUCCAACUUCUGCCGUGGGAAGCCACAACCAAACUUCGAUCAGGUCAAACCAGCUCUGUCAGCACUGCAGCGUCUCAUCCACUCUCAGGAUGAGGAGGUCCUAACUGAUGCCUGCUGGGCUCUCUCAUACCUCUCUGAUGGAACUAAUGACAAGAUCCAAGCUGUGAUCGAAUCUGGCGUGUUCCCUCGCCUUGUAGAACUUCUGAUGCACCCUUCGGCCUCAGUACUCAUUCCAGCUCUGCGUACUGUGGGCAACAUUGUAACUGGGGAUGAUUUGCAGACUCAGUGUGUCAUCGAUCACCAAGCACUUCCAUGCCUUUUGAACCUCUUGACUACCAACCACAAGAAAAGCAUCAAGAAAGAAGCAUGCUGGACCAUCUCAAACAUCACAGCUGGUAACAGGGAACAGAUUCAGGCUGUGAUCAAUGCGAACAUAAUUGCACCUCUGGUGCAUCUUCUGCAAACUGCUGAAUUUGACAUCAAGAAAGAGGCCGCCUGGGCAAUUUCAAAUGCCACUUCUGGUGGCACACAUGACCAAAUUAAGUAUCUUGUUGCCCAGGGUUGCAUCAAGCCACUCUGUGAUCUGCUCGUUUGCCCAGACCCCAGAAUUGUCACAGUUUGCUUGGAAGGUCUUGAGAACAUCCUGAAGGUUGGGGAAGCAGAGAAGAAUCUUGGGGCAGGUGAUGUGAACGUGUAUGCACAGAUGAUUGAUGAUGCUGAGGGCCUGGACAAGAUUGAGAACCUUCAGAGCCAUGACAACACUGAGAUAUACGAGAAGGCAGUCAAGAUGCUCGAAUCCUACUGGUUGGAGGAGGAAGAUGAUGCCAUGCCCUCAGGCGACAAUCCUCAGAAUGGCUUCAACUUCGGGAACCAGCCUUCUGUUCCAUCGGGUGGAUUCAACUUUGGCUGAAGAUGCCCAUUUGGAAUGGCGACUGUGCCAUUGUACCUUGACUGGGGCUAGUCGGAGGUGCGGUUUGGGGUAGUCGUGUCGUCCAAGUCAUGGUAUGGUCCCAUUGGUCUGGUCUCAGGGAGUCGUCAAAGUCAGUCCCAGUCAGCAGGGUCAGUCCUCGGGCUGCAUCGCCAGUGGUGCAGCUUGGUCAGUGGUCAGUCUUCAGGGUCAGCCGGUUGGAUCAUUUGGGCUCUGGCUCCCACCACCACCUGUGGUGGGAGCAUGGAGAGUCGCAGGUGUUGUCGGGAGUCGGGUUUUGCCUCCUAUAUAGCAUGAAUGAGUUAUAUUGUUUUACCUGUUUGAGGUAGAAAGAACCUUGAAAGAUAGGGAAUGUGUCAGUUUUUUCUCAAAGCGUUCCUGUGCUGUAUAACUUGUUGCAUGAGUAUUGGCACAACUUAUAAAACAUGAAUGUCAACUGGGUUUUGGGAGUCCCAUUCUGGUCUCUUGAGUCUAUUCAUUGGUUUAUUGUAUGCUCCACAGGUUUGUCGUGUCAUGUUGUCCUUGUGUAGCCACAGUUGUCUGAAAGUUUCUCCAUUCUCGUCUAGGAUAGUAGAAUCCGUGUCAUGUCUUCAGAAAGUUUCUGGUUCGAGUAAUCUGUGACAUUCAUGUGAGGUGGUUCCAAGUUUUAUGGUGGAACCCGUUUAUCUUGUCGUUGUAUGAUGAUGACAUGAACCUUCAGACUUUUUGUAGCAAAUGAAUGGAAGAAGAUAAAAAUGGGGAGCUCAGUCCAUAA